CCCGCCUCAGACAAUACUUCCCUUUCAAAUAUGACUCGGCCAAACCAAAAAGACGAAUCGAUAUUUUUAGUUUCGUCGUUUUAUGUGAUUGCUCGCCGGCGAUUAGAAUGUGAACGGACCCCGGACAGGAUUGCGUUAAUGCCAUGGCGUCACCGUCACCGUUUUUGCUUGCAAAUGCAUCCGGAAUUCGAUGUAAUUGAGUUUGAAUCCUUCCAACUUCAAGCCUCCCGGGAGCUUUCCUCCGCUUCCAAUCCAUUGCUAUUAGCAUCGUGAAAUGUUUGACUGUGACUCACGUUUCGACAAUGAUGUCGCGUUUUUUGAUUGCUUGAAUAUUUUGAAGGAUUUGUUAUUAGUUUUCGGCAAGCGUAACGACAUGCCUCAUUGCAUCGUAUUUUGCUCAGAGGAUUUAGAGCUUGAGAAUUUAGCUGGUGCAUUGUUUCAUCUUCGUUGAUAUUGGAGAAUGUUGAAUUUCAAGUGAAUUUUGGUGUGGAUGGUGGUUAAACAUGCCAAGCAUUAAAGCUCCAACUAGCAGAAAAGCAACUACUCUUACCGUUGCUGUAAAAUGUAGACCUCUGUUGGAAAGAGAGCGCGGUCGGAAUAUAGUAGAAGUGAACAAUGAUAAUGAGGUACUUGUUCUGGAUCCUGACCUGUCAAAGAACUACCUGGACCGGGUACAGAAUAGAACCAAAGAGAGGAGAUAUAGUUUUGAUCAUGCGUUUGGACCUAAUUCCAACAACUGGGAUGUCUACAAGAGAAGUAUUCGGCCUACAGUUGUUGGGGUCAUUCAAGGCCUCAAUGCGACUAUAUUUGCUUAUGGUUCAACAGGCAGUGGUAAAACAUACACAAUGGUUGGGACACAAGAAGACCCUGGGCUUAUGGUUCUGAGUCUGAAUUCAAUUUUUGAUCUUAUCAAACAGGAUGAUAGCUGUGACAAAUUUGAAGUUACUUGCUCUUACCUUGAAGUCUAUAAUGAGGUUAUUUAUGACUUACUUGAGAAAUCAUCUGGCCACUUGGAACUUAGGGAGGAUCCAGAGCAAGGAAUAGUGGUAGCUGGUCUUAGGUGUAUCAAGGUGAACUCAACUGAUAAAAUUCUCGAGCUUUUAAAUUUGGGGAACAGUAGGCGAAAAACUGAUAGCACAGAAGUCAAUCUGACAUCCUCACGGUCGCAUGCAGUGCUGGAGAUAACAGUAACAAGGAAACAGAGUAACAAGUAUCCCAAUCAGGUUAUGAAAGGAAAACUUGCACUUGUGGAUCUAGCUGGAAGUGAACGAGCAUCUGAAACCAAUAGUGGGGGUAAGAAGUUGAGAGAUGGUGCCAAUAUUAAUAGAUCACUUCUUGCUUUAGCAAACUGCAUAAAUGCUCUCGGAAAACAACAGAAGAAGGGUCUUGCUUAUGUUCCUUACCGUAACAGCAAAUUGACACGUAUUCUUAAAGAUGGCCUGAGUGGCAAUUCUAAAACGGUAAUGAUUGCCGCUAUAUCUCCAGCAGACAGUCAGUACCACCAUACUGUUAAUACCUUGAAAUAUGCUGACCGGGCAAAGGAAAUUAGGACACAUGUUCAGAAAAAUGUUGGCACAAUCAACACACAUGUUUCAGACUAUCAAAGAAUGAUUGAUAGUCUUCAGAAUGAGGUUAGCCAACUGAGAAAGGAAGUAGCUGACAAAGAAUCCCAACUAAAUGCCAAGCCUACUGAAAAAAAUAUGGAUGAUGAACUUUCUUGGUUCGACAUGUUGAGCCACGAAACUAGUGAAAAUGUUCAAGAUAGGAUAAAUUUGCAGAAGGCUUUGUUUGAGGUUGAAGAAAUCAAUAUUCGUAACCGCAGUGAACUUCAGCAUCUUGAUGAUGCAAUUGCUAAAGAACAGGCUAUUGAAAGAGAAGGAGCAGCUGUGCUGGCUCUAAGAGCAAGGCGUCAGAUCAUUCUUGAUAACAUUCGUGACAAUGAUGAACUUGGUGUAAAUUACCAGAAGGAGAUUGAAGCAAAUGAGAAGCACAAGUGUCAGCUACAAGCCAUGAUUGAGGAAGCCAUAAACAACAAUGGAAACAAAACGUACUUAAGAAUUCUUAGCCAAUACAGGCUCCUGGGAAUGGCUAAUACUGAGCUUCAGUUUGAAAUUGCAAUGAGAGAUGAAGUUAUCUACAACUUGAGGGAAGCACAAUCAAACCUAUGGAAUUUACUUCUGAGCUUUGGACUAAGUAAGAAGCAGAUAUUGGAUCUUGCUGCUAAACAAGGAAUACUUAUUGAAGACUGGAGAAUGACAUCACGACUUAAGCUGUCAGAAAGGAUACAAUGUCCAAGUCUGGGUGGUCGAAAAUAUCCUCCAGCUUCUUCUCCAUCAACUUCUCAACACUUCAUUAAAUCAUCUUGCAGCUUUCCACUAAAUCAAUAUUUUUAUGCUAGGCCUAAUGGUAGUGAAAGCUGGAACAGUUCCCCCUCUGCCACUCCUGAUAGAUAUCUCCAAGAUUUUGGUACUUCACAUCUACCACCAAGAAGCCAAUUUUAUUCAUGCAGUGAGAGUAAUAUGCCUUCAUCACUCUCACGCAGCAGCAGCAGAUGAGCAGCCCAAGGCAGCAGUUGAAUCAAGUCUCCAUGCUGGAUUAAGUAUCAGCAAUGAUUUCUGUCAUGAGUGGUCAUGGAUCGCAGGGUUCGAUACUAUACCAGACUCAUUUCCAUCCAUGUAUUGAACUGAACCUGCAAGAUAUCCCCCAGGUUCCGUUUAGUGUCCAUUGCCUUGAUUCUCAGCCAGCUUAGCUCUGUAUAGAAACUUCUCCGGCAGUCCAAAUUUGACGCCGUUUCAGAAGCUUCAUAGUAAUAGUUGAGGUUGAAUAGGUUCAUUUGUUGAUAUAUAUAUAUAUAU